UGACGACGCCACGAAGAAAACAGGAAGUGACCCGUCAGGGAGCCGGCCCGGGGCGUGGAGCCUCUUUUUCUCAGCGGGGAAUGAAUGAAUGGGUUCUAGCCGUUCGCCGGUGAGGCCGGACUCGGGCGCUGAGGCGUGAGCGGAAGGGCGAGCCGUGUGUCAUGGAGGACGACGCGCCGGUAAUCUACGGCCUGGAGUUUCAGGCACGCGCUCUGACACCUCAAACUGCGGAAACAGAUGCCAUUCGCUUCUUGGUUGGGACACAGUCUCUUAAAUAUGAUAAUCAGAUCCAUAUCAUAGAUUUUGAUGAUGAAAAUAACAUUAUAAAUAAAAAUGUCCUCCUCCAUCAAGCUGGUGAGAUCUGGCACAUCAGUGCCAGCCCAGCAGAUAAAGGCGUGCUGGCCACCUGCUACAACAAAACUUCAGACAGUCGAGUCCAGGCGUGUGCAGCUGUGUGGAGGAUGCCCAAGGAAUUAGAAUCCGGUAGCCACGAGUCCCCCGACGACCCUGCAAGCACUGCGCAGACCCUGGAGUUGCUCUGUCACCUUGACAACGGGGCCCAUGGCAACGUAGCCUGCGUCGUGUGGGAGCCCAUGGGGGAUGGGAAGAAGGUCAUUUCUCUGGCUGACAGCCACAUCCUGCUGUGGGACCUCCAGGCGAGCUCAAGCCAGGCUGUGCUGGCCAGCUCAGCAGCUCUGGAAGGAAGGGGACAGCUAAGGUUCACUGCAGGGCGGUGGAGCCCACACCACAACUGUACCCAGGUGGCUACAGCAAGUGACACCACCCUGCGAGGAUGGGACACACGGAGCAUGAGCCAGAUAUACUGCAUAGAGAACGCUCACGGGCAGCUGGUGCGUGACCUCGACUUCAACCCCAACAAGCAGUAUUACCUCGCCAGCUGCGGAGAUGACUGCAAGGUGAAGUUCUGGGACACACGGAAUGUCACCGAGCCUGUGAAGACCCUGGAGGAGCACUCCCACUGGGUGUGGAGUGUCCGCUACAACCACUCUCACGACCAACUGGUCCUCACUGGCAGCAGCGAUAGCAGAGUCAUCCUGUCCAAUAUGGUGUCUAUCUCCUCAGAGCCCUUCGGCCACCUGGUGGACGAUGAUGACGUCAGUGACCCGGAGGAGCACCAUGCUGAGAAGAGUAAGGAACCCCUGCAGGACAAUGUCAUCGCCACCUAUGAGGAGCACGAGGACAGUGUGUAUGCUGUGGAUUGGGCCUCGGCUGACCCAUGGCUGUUUGCUUCCCUGAGUUACGACGGGAGGCUAGUUAUCAACAGAGUCCCCAGGGCGCUGAAGUACCACAUCCUGCUCUAGUCCCAGCACUGCUUGUUGGCACUUGGCAGGCUCUCAGGUUCUGCAGCCAUGAGGCAGUUUCCUUUGCGGACUGCUGCCUCCUGGGUAAGCAACAUUGCUUCUGUAGGAGCUCUGAGGGACAUGGGAGCUUCUGCCAGAAGCUCGUCUGAAGCUGUUAGCACAGUGCCCAGCACGGAAGGGAGCCAUGCUGGACGUUCCUAUGUUGCUGUGUGAAUUGAUGAUAGCCCAAACUCGGCUCAGUUCCUGUUUUCUGUUCUAAGGGUGUUGGGAGUUUAACUCUUCAUGAGUAUGUUUUCAUCUUGCUAUUCUCACUGAAAUAAAGUGCAUAGCGAUGCAUAUAGCCUUUUCAGGCUCUGCCUCAC